GCCCGUCGUUGUUAGGAUUACAGUACAUUCUAUGGCAAACGGUUUCGAAGCGUAGAGCUUACACGAUCUUUCCUAAAUCUCCCUUCUGAUGGUCGCGGACUCGUGCUCAAGUAUGCUGGGCUCGUAAAUUCAACCAGUCAUCGGAAUAGCUUUCUGUAGACCAUGUGUUUCAAUUGCUGACACAACCAGUGAUUUUCUUCCCUCUCUCAUGCUCGCGUUGUGGUAGUUGCUAGAGCAUGAACAGCACAAUCGGUGACUUCCCUCCCGCAACACGACCGAGCAGCAUCCCUUACCCGAUCAUGACGACCUUAUCGUCACCCCCAUUGGACAUGGGCGGUAUUCGGCAGUAGCCGAUUCUUCAGCCCUUAUAAGUCGUCAGUUCCCCGGCUCUGUGGCCCUCCAAGUCCGUCCAUUUCUUCCCCUCGGACCCUUCCACCUCUGCCUUUCCUCUAAACAACGUACCUCUUUGCCAUUCAGGCCACAUCCGAUCACCACUAUGAGUCUCCCGAUUCCGCCACGCCCGGCGGAUAAUAGCACCUCCCACUCCCUCUGCCUCACGAUCUGCGGCUACCGACGCCCGGGAAUGAGCGAGUUCGACUACCGCCAGCAUAUGACGCAGGUCUCCGCUCCAAUGACCGCAGAUCUGAUGGUCAAGUACGGAGUGAAGCGCUGGACGAUGAUCCACAAUACCACCGAAAGUCGGGCGCUCAUGGAUCAACUGAUCGAUCCGCAGAUGGCCAACAUCGCCGACUUCGAUUGCUUCAGCCAAAUGGUGCUUCACGACCUAGCGGACUACAAGCGGCUGAAAGAGGAUCCCUGGUACCGGGAGCAUCUGGUCGGGGAUCAUGAGAAGUUCGCCGACACGCGGCGCAGCAUGAUGACCAUCGGGUGGGUGACGGAGAUCGUGCGUGAUGGGCAGGUGGUGAAGCACAGCACUAUGCCCCAUCCUAUGGUCGCACCGGCCCUGAGGAGGAGGCGGAGGAGCUCCUUCAACCCGCACGUAGCCGCGGUGAUGACAGGCUCGAUUCUCGCCGGUGCCAUGCUAUCCCUCUCGUUCAUCGCUGUCCCCGUCCUCCUCGACACAACCACUCACCCCCCGCAACUUUUCCACAAGUGGAGCCGACUGUAUCACUAUGGUCACGUCGUGCUCCCCUCCACUGCCAUCCUAACCGGCCUGCUGUACAUCUACGCAGCGGUUUGCCACCACCAAAGGUCCAGCCGAAGCUCCCUUUACUUGGCUGGUUAUGGCGCCCAGCAAUCAUGA